CACAUACCACCAACAGAUCCUGAAUGAAGACAUCUUAACUCUUCCCUCUCUCGCAAGAUGCAGGCUGUACCGAUGGAGUCUUUCUCAGCAUCAGCCAACAGCUUUGCUCUGGACCUUUACAAAAAGCUGAAUGAAACUUCCAAAGACCAGAAUAUUUUCUUUGCUCCUUGGAGUAUUGCAACUGCUCUCGCCAUGGUCUAUCUGGGUGCAAAAGGUGACACUGCAGCACAGAUGGCUCAGGUUCUUCAUUUUAACCAGACUGGAAGAGAAGAAGGUUCUUCUGAGACAAGGCCUUCUCUGGGGAGACCAAAGAACAGAGAAAUGGCUCCUGAGCAUGAGGAAGCUGAAGACAUCCAUGCAGGCUUCAAAGAGCUCUUGUCUGCCAUCAACAAGCCCAGAAACACCUACUUGCUGAAAAGUGCCAACCAACUGUUUGAGGAGAAGACCUACCCAUUACUGCCUAAAUUCUUAGAACUCAUUACAAGGUAUUACAAAGUAAAACCACAAGCUGUAAACUUUAAGACAGCUACAGAACAAGCCAGAGCACAGAUCAAUUCCUGGGUUGAAAAUAAAACAGAGGGGAAGAUCCAGAAUCUGCUGCCUGCAGGAUCUCUUGAUUCUCGCACUGUGCUGGUCUUAGUAAAUGCCAUUUAUUUCAAAGGAACCUGGGAAAAGAGAUUUCUGGAAAAAGAUACUUCUGAGACACCAUUCAGAUUAAGCAAGACCAGGACUAAGCCAGUACAGAUGAUGUUUCUGAGAGAUACGUUUUUGAUCCUUCAUGAAACAACCAUGAAUUUCCAAAUCAUUGAGUUGCCAUAUGUGGAAAACGAAGUCAGCAUGUUCAUCCUCCUACCAGAUGACAUCAGUGACAACACUACUGGUCUGGAGCUGGUGGAAAGAGAGCUGACCUAUGAGAAACUGGCUGAAUGGUCCAACUCAGACAAUAUGAUGAAAGCUGAAGUAGAACUGUACCUGCCCAAGUUGAAGAUGGAAGAAAAUUAUGAUCUUAAAUCCACUUUGAGCAGCAUGGGCAUACAAAACGCUUUUGACCCAGUUCAGGCUGAUUUCACAGGGAUGUCAGCGAAGAAGGACCUCUUCAUCUCAAAAGUUAUUCACAAAGCUUUUGUGGAGGUCAAUGAAGAAGGUACUGAGGCAGUAGCUGCCACAGGUGUCCUGGUGAUGAGAUCAAGAACACCUAAAGUAACUUUUAAAGCUGACCACCCCUUCCUAUUCUUUAUUAGGCACAACAAGUCCCAAACCAUCCUCUUCUUUGGCAGACUCUGCUCACCCUAGUCAGCAUUACUCCCUGCCCUGCAGAGCAGCAGAUACUGGUUUGCCAGCUCGGGGUAAAACCUGAUACUUCUGCUGCACUUGGCAAGAUACCAGGACCUGGACUCUUUCUCUGUCAGACCACACACCCCACAGCCUGAAGCAAAGCUUCUCCUUUUGCUUCUCCUACCCCAAAAUGAUAGCCACGACAGUGCCUAGGGGAAUAUGCAAUGCCUCGUGUUGACAGACCAACCCUGGUCAGCACUCAAUUAGCCCAUCGAGGUAGCUCUGUCCCCCAGCCAGUAUCAGCUGUGGCAUCACCAUCCCCCUUUCCCUCACUGCAGCGCAUGCAAACCUGAGGCCUAGUCCUCACCCUCAUGACUAACUACCUCCUGAUUCAGAUGUGGUCUGCACUUACUUCCACCUUGCUAUAAUUAGCCUGUUUAGCCUUUGAUUAGGUCCCUGCAUGGCAGCUAGAAGCAGACCCUCCCAAACAAAGCUAGCCACCCCCAAUGUUUCUUACAUCCCCCAGGCUUAAGUCUUUGUCAUCUCUGAAUUUUGCAUCAACACAUUCUUCCACAGAUUGCCUCAAAAAUAAUUACAAAAACCACACCCCUGUAAGGGCUGUUUGCCUCACUUAAGAGCUACAGGCGUGCCAGAACCAUACUCCGCCUCUGGCUACAGCAACAGCUCGCUUUCGUUAAAAAUAAUAACAAUAUCGAAUAACGCUCAUAGCCUCAUGGUGUUUUCUGUCCGUUAUAUGAGCAGAAGGGGAAGAGGAGGUAGGAAAUAAGAAGCAAUGCACGGCCUGCGGAGAUGCAGGGGGGCUGCGGCCAAAAUGGCCGCCGGCCCCCCGCUGCCAUAGCGGGGAAGGGGCGCAGCGGCGCAGC